AUGAGUGGCGGUGUCUAUGGAGGAGAUGAGGUGGGAGCAGUUUGUUUUGACAUAGGUUCUCACACAGUACGAGCUGGGUUCGCUGGUGAAGACGCUCCCAAAGCUAACAUCCCCACACAUAUGCUGACUGGAGACGAGAGCACAAAGUAUCACAUAGGCACUAACGCUCUCAGCUUCCCUCGAGAUAAAUCUGAAGUUGUCAUGCCUCUCAAAGAUGGGAUGAUUGACAACUGGGAGCAAUGUGAGGCUAUGUUAGACUACGUGUACACAAAGUGUCUCAGUGUAGACAGUGCUGAGCAUCCGGUCAUGAUGAGCGAAGUUGCAUGGAACAGACCUGCGAUCCGACACAAAACAUGCGAGAUGAUGUUUGAGAAGUACAACGUGCCGGCGUUCUACCUCUGUAAGAACGCAGUGUUAGCGGCGUUUGCGAGCGGGCGCUCCACAGCCCUGGUCCUAGAUACUGGUUCCGUGCAGACUACUGCUAUCCCUGUACACGACGGUUAUGUUCUUCAACAUGGUCAGUGUUACACUAAAACGUCCUUCUAUUCUUCGUUCGCGUUAUAG